AUGGUGCCGACUGUUACUCCGGGACUUGCGUAUGCUCCUGCAAUGAGCACAUUGCAUAGUUUUAAAACGGAUGCAUUUACCCGAUCCUCAUUUUCUCCAAUUCUUGUGGAGGCUGGGUCAUGGACGUCACUCAGCAGUCGCUGCGAUACCAAGCAGCAUACUCAGCAGGCUCUUCUCGCCGAUCCCGUGCAGUCAACACGUGCAACCGUCUUGUAA